AACGAGGCACGGGCGGCGCCACCUGUGCUCUGCCGCAGCGCCGACCCACCCUGCCCGCCCGCCCGCCCGCCGGUAUAUAAAUCCGGCGGGAGCACAUCUCCGACCCAUCUCACUCACUCGCACUGACACAGCCACACUGCUGCUGAUACUUCACUGCUACUGCCAGUUCCCUUCCCUCGGAUCUCGUGCCACCAGUCUCUCGCCGGCGAAGAUGUCUACGGUGACCCGCGCCCACCUCGACCAGAGGCUCGCCGCCGCCAAACGCUGCUCCAGAGAGGCAGCCAUGGCGGGAGCCAAGGCCGCGGCCGUCGCCACCGUCGCCGCCGCAGUCCCCACCCUGGCAAGCGUGAGGAUGCUGCCGUGGGCGAGGGCGCACCUCAACCCGACCGGGCAGGCGCUCAUCAUCUCCACCAUCGCCGGGAUGGCCUACUUCAUCGUCGCCGACAAGACCAUCCUAUCCAUGGCCAGGAAGCACUCCUUCGACGACGCGCCGGACCACCUCAAGAACACCUCCUUCAACUAAUUAGACUACAAUAGUAGAUCCAUUAGUAGUGCGCAGCGACGGCCUGAAAGAUAGUAUAAUGUUCAGCACCUAUCUGAUAUCAGGCCAAGUUCGCAGACAGUGAGUGGUGUAGUACUGCGCUUCUCUGCCGCUCUGCGUGCAAGCACUUGUCUGAUGAUGUAUCCAGCCAGUAAUCUUGAAUUAAUAAUAACCUGCAUCUGUACAACUCA